AUGUGGCUUGAUGUGACUUAUGCUAUUCUGGAGUCUGUGAUUGCAGUGCUCGCUAUCUUGGGUAAUAUUCUAGUCAUCUGGGUAGUGAGGCUGAACUCGGCUUGUCAGACAACGACCUACUUCAUCGUCUCACUAGCACUGGCAGAUAUUGCAGUUGGGCUUGUGAUGCCGAUGGCCAUCGUGGUGAGUUUAAACGUCUCACUCCCAUUCGAAGGCUGCCUCUUCAUGUGCUGCCUGCUGGUGGCUUUUACUCAGACCUCGAUCAUGUCUCUCCUCGCAAUUGCAGUUGACAGAUACCUGAGAGUCAGGUUCCUCAUUAGGUAUAGGAUAAUAACCAGUCAGAAAAGAAUUAAGGUGGCCCUGGGAACAGUCUGGCUGUUGUCUGUGCUGAUGGGGUUUACACCCAUGUUUGGAUGGAGAAAAGAACCAUCAAGCUACCAGAAUUGCAGUUUCACUGGAGUAAUGAAAAUGGAGUACAUGGUUUAUCUCAGCUUUUUUGUUGGCACCCUCAUCCCAUUGAUCAUCAUGGCUAUUCUCUAUGGAAGUGUUUUCUGCAUCAUCCGAACAAAGCUAAAACAAUGGUCAACGGAUGUCGGAGGAACAAGAACAUUUUACAGGAGGGAGUUUAAGACAGCCAAGUAUUUGGCUUUAGUCCUCUUCUUAUUUGCUGUAUGUUGGCUUCCUCUGUGUAUCAUGAACUGCGUUCAUAAUUUCUACCCUCAUCUUAAGAUCCCCAAGUGUAUAUUGUACAUGGGCAUCCUUCUCUCCCACUCGAAUUCAGUCAUGAAUCCAAUUGUCUAUGCUUUCAAGAUAAAAAAAUUCAGAGAAACGUGCUCCCAGAUUUUAAGAAUGUAUAUCUUCUGCAAAGAUGAAGAACAUGAACGUAACAGUACAUCUUAA